UUCCUUGACCGUUCCACGAAGCUUCCCAUUCUCACUUAUUUUACUUUAUAUAGACCAAGACUUCAACAAAUUUCGUCUUCCUUCUUCUUUUAUCAGUCCUUUAAAUCUCCUUUCCCUUUGGAAACAAUAUAGAUGCGGUGAUCUUCAACUCUGAUACCCAAAAACAUGACUGGAAAAAGGUUUGCCGACGAAGCCGAACCUGACCAGUACUGGCAGAAUGAAAGACGCCGGCGUGCUAGACCUUCUUUGGCUUCUGCAAUCGGGGAAGUUGUGAAGAUGAAUUUUGUUCAAAAUUUCUGCACAGUUUUAGAGCCAAUGCUUCGAAGAGUGGUAAACGAAGAGGUUGAAAAUGGACUGCGAAGAAGAAUACCAUCAUACUCUAGGUCGAAUUCCCUGCGGAUCAAUGCACUCGUACCCUCGAGUACCAUGCAACUCAAAUUCAGAAAGCAUCUUACACUCCCAAUUUUCACAGGCACCAAAAUAUUGGAUGAAGAUGGCAACCCUCUUGAAAUAUAUCUUGUUGACACCGACAACAGUCUAGAAUCUAGCUUUUCUAGUGCUCUAAAAUUACAGAUUCACGUAGUAGAUGGAGACUUCCCUUCUUCCAAUAGUAUUAUAUGGACCAGUGAUGAUUUCGAAAAGAGCAUCGUGAAGGAAAGAAGAGGGAAAAGGCCAUUGCUUGCUGGAGACGUGAGUGUUACUAUGAGAGAUGGCGUUGUUUCUAUUGGUGAUAUUGAGUUAACAGAUAAUUCAAGCUGGAUUAGAAGUAGAAAGUUCAGAAUUGCAGCCCGAGUUGUUCAUGGAGCGACUCCUGGAGUUGUAAUACGUGAGGCCAUGACUGAAGCCUUCGUGGUUAAAGAUCAUCGUGGUGAAUUGUACAAGAAGCAUCAUCCGCCAAUGCUUGAAGACGAUGUCUGGCGCUUAGAGAAGAUUGGAAAAGAUGGUGCGUUCCAUAAGAAACUCGCUUCUAAUGAUAUCAAAACCGUGCAAGAGUUCUUAAAGCUUUCGGUUGUAAAUGAAUCUAAGCUUAGAAGGAUUUUAGGGCUAGGUAUGUCCGAUAAGAUGUGGGAAGUAACUAUAAAACAUGCUAGGACUUGUAUUCUUGUGAGCAAACUAUAUAUAUCACGAGGACCCAACCAUACGAUCUUCUUGAAUCCUAUAUGUCAAGUAGUUAAAGCCGUAAUCAAUGGAGAUGUUUUCACCGGCAAAGACCUUGCUACCCUAAACAAGGUUUGUAUUCAUAAACUUGUUGGGGAGGCUUAUCAAACUUGGGACUCUUUAGAAAUAGUUGAUGGUCUUUUGAAUGACACUCCACGACUAACACAAGGUGAUAUGGUGGAUCAGUACCCAAGGAGUCAGAUAAUGACGGUGGGGAUGUAUGGGGGACAUGCUUAUCCAAUAGCUCAAGCCACUGACUUAGCAUUCGUGUCGACCAAUGACCAUAUUGGUGUUGUGGGUUCGACUUCAUUUUACACCCCAGUGGAGGCUUACAACUUCUCGGAGUCUUCAUCAGAAGACAUCGCGACCAACGUUUUAAUCUAAAUCAACAGAGAAGAGCUUUCGUUUGGAUGCAUCGUAUCAAGAUUAAAACAAAAACACAAGACAUUGAAUAACUAUCCAAUAUUAUUGAGAAAAUAGCUCUAAACUCAAUUUGAUCGUGUUACAACAUUGAUCCUAACUCGGUUAUUAUGCAGGUAUUUUAAGAUCUAUUCUACUGACUUAUAGGAUUAGAUUAGGAGUCUUAAAAUUAAAGCCUACUUGCUUAAGCCCCACACAAUUGGAUCCCAGAGUCCUAUUCGACUUAGGAAUUCCAACAAUCACCCCCUAAUUUUGAAGUCCUUCUUGAAACAUCUUUGAUCCCAAUCAAGCUCUUCAUUUCUUUGAACUUUUUUCAUGCUUGGGGUUUGUAAGAAUGUCUGCCUUUUGUUCUUCACAUGUGUAAGUCCCUACAUUCGUUUGAUGUAUCAAUCAGAUCCACUUGAUAGUGCGGAAUCCUAAUCAAGUGGAAGAUGCAAGAUAGAAUGGAGAAGAAGAACAAGAACUCGAUGAAUCUUGAAUGUAUUGAUAAUAUGAAUGAUGAUCCAAUAUAAGAUUCACGCACACUCACACUUCUUCUCUCUAA